GGACAUGCCGCAGGCGCCGCAGGCGACGCAAAGCACGCGUAAAAGGCUGCCCUGAGCUCUGGAAGCAACGCAGGGGCUGCCCGGAAGGACGCCACCAGGGGGAACAGACUAACUGGUCAUUCCACUGCUCCCCUCCAUCCACUACUCAAAAAGGGAAGCUGCCCAGCCAUGCCCCCCCGCUCCAAUACGAAGCUGGGAGCGAAGUGGCAGCUCGACGCCGCCCUACUGUCACGACCCGUGGACCUCACUGCGUUAGUUUCCCUCUCCCAGACGUCACCAGACGACUUUUACGAGGACGACACGCUGAGUAGGAUGGUCAAGCUUUUGCUGAACGCCGAGAGCGACAAGAAGGCAGACAAGGACACGAGGCUCGAUGUGCUGACGAUCCUAUCGAACCUCGCCGCGUCCAGCGAAGGUAAAAGGAGAGAUGAUAUUCGCGAAGCCUUGGAUAACGUAAACGAUUUUAUGGAGCAGUAUCUGGAAAAAGAAAGUUCUGGCUCGGAGCCGGAGCUGCACAAGCUCAUGUUGCUGCUGCUGGCGCGGUGCUUCGAGUAUUCCAUCAAGACCGAGGAUCUGCUGGAGCUGUGCCGGGGGGAUCGAGCUUUGGGGCUAGAAACCGUAGUAGGGCUGCUCGAGGACGGCGAGACCUACACGACGGAGUUGCGACGGAAGCAGGCGCCCGCCAUGGGUAGGAUGGGCCAGUGGGAGCAUCGGUUAGUCUGCCACCGCCACGAGACGCCUCUAGUAUUACAAUUAUGUCGGUUGGUGCGAGGCUUCACGCUGCCGCAGUCCUACUUCGCGGCGGGCGAGAAGCUCCUGGAGAAGGACAUCGCGUCCUUCAACGAUGAAAUGAAUCUGUUGCUGGAGAUCACGCUCAAAAGUAGAUUAGUCGAAAAGCUGUCGCUGGCGUGCUACGAGGGUCUAUUUGCGGUGUCCGACGACGACUUGAAGGAGGAUGAACAUAGAAGCAUAGCGUGCGUGCAUUCCUUUUUGCAGAACAUGUAUUUUUAUGCUACCUCGAAGACCGAAGUGUACCGGAGGCAUCUGUUAUGUGAUACUCCAUUGAUUCAGAGAUUAGUAUUACCCUAUCUCGAGCGAGGCGCGGCCCAGGCCGCCUCUCUACAGUGCCACGCCGAUUCUUACGGAAGGGGCGACUUCAAGAAACGACAAAGCGUCAAGCCCCUCGCGGCCGGCGUCUCCGCGUCGCUAAGGACGCUGGUCGUGGCCUCCUUUCGCGCGCCGCCGACGCGCACCGUCGUCGCAUUACUCAAGCGUUUAAAUCCAACGGCGGCGUUGCUGGAAGCGCCUUCCUUCGUCGCGGCGCACGAUCGAAUAUUUGCGCUCCUAUUACUGUUGAACGCGAACAUGGGCGCCCUGGAGCUGGGCCGGGAGGCCGAGUCGAAGGACGAGAACCCCCACGAGCUGCUGCAUGGGUUGGCGCGGGUCUACCAGAUGAUUGACGGGGACGCGCGGGAACGGGUGAGACGCAUCGUCAAGGAGAGCGGCGCCCUUCCGGUCGCCAGGGACACGCCGUCCUUCGCCGCGGUCCUACAAAUGCUGAACGACGGCGCAUCUCAACGACAGCUUGAGUACGUGCGCGGCUCGCCCGGCGCGCGGUCGCCCUUGGCGCCGUCGGACUCGGACGACGACGGCGCGACGGCGGAACCCGAGUACAGUACGCGGGCCGAGGCCAAGGCCGAUUCACUGCGCCGCCAACGCGACGCGAAGGAGGCCAAGCCCCGUUCGUUGUUAGGGGACCUGCCUUCCCUAGAACGGCGGCGGCCCGAGGUGGAGGACGACGACGACUACGUCGAGCCGGCGCUGGAGGUGUAUCGGGCGCGGCCGUCCGAUGACGUACCGCCCGAAUUCCGCUGCGCUAUCAACGGCCACCUCCUAAAGGAGCCCGCGCGGACGCCGCAGGGUUUGGUCUUUGAGCGGGCCACCAUAAAACUCUGGCUCGAGACGCGGGGGUCUGUCUGCCCCCUCACGGGCGAGGCGCUGACGCUCGACGAUUUGAUCGACGACCGCGACCUGCGCGCGCGCAUCGUCUCGUGGCAGCUCGCCAAGACGCAAAAGACGCUCGCGACGAGCGUCUCGGCGGCGCACGGCGACGAGGACGACCUGUACGACUUUUGACUUUUGCCGUACAUCGACCGCUGGUUUAAUAAUUAGG